CGGCCAUCCUUAAACCUAACCUCCCAGAUUUCAUAUUUUAAUUUAAGGUGAAUUUGCCAAGUGGUCACAAAAGUUGAAAAAUCAAGAUGCCACCAAAGAAGCACGACGAACCGGAGCGCAAGCCCCUCAUCGGACGCAUUGGCACAAAUCUCCGCAUCGGAAUCGUCGGCGUACCCAACGUGGGAAAGUCGACCUUUUUCAACGUACUAACCCAGAGCGCCGCUCCCGCAGAGAAUUUCCCCUUCUGCACCAUCAAGCCCAAUGAGAGCCGUGUGCCGGUGCCCGAUGAGCGCUUCGACUUCCUGGUGGACUUCCACAAGCCCGCUAGUGUGGUGCCCGCCUACCUGAAUGUGGUGGACAUUGCCGGUCUGGUGAAGGGUGCUGCCGAGGGCCAGGGUCUGGGCAACGAUUUCCUCUCGCACAUCAGCGCUUGUGACGCUAUCUUUCACUUGUGCCGCGCCUUCGAGGACCCAGAUGUGACCCACGUGGAGGGCGAGGUGGACCCGGUGCGCGAUCUGGAAAUUAUCUGCGAGGAGCUGCGCCUCAAGGACGAGGAGAAACUGCACCAGGCCCUGGACAAGCUGGAGAAGGUUGUGGCCCGCGGCGGCGACAAGAAGCUGAAGCCAGAGUACGACUCCAUGUUGAAGAUUAAGGAGAUCUUGGUGGACCAGAAGCGCCAGCUGCGCUUUGAGGACUGGAAUGCCCACGACAUCGAGGCAUUGAACAAGUAUCUUUUCCUGACUUCUAAGCCAGUCAUCUACCUGGUGAAUCUCUCCGACAAAGACUUCAUCCGCAAGAAGAACAAGUGGCUGCCCAAGAUCAAGGAGUGGAUCGACAAGAACGACCCUGGAGCCCUGCUCAUCCCCUUCUCCGGCGCCUUCGAGCAGGAGCUGAGCGAGAAGGAUGAUCUGGAGCGCAAGGCGUACGAGACUGAGACCAAGUGCAAGAGCCAGCUGGACAAGAUCAUCGUAACUGGCUACAAGGGCCUACAGCUGGAGUACUUCUUCACCGCUGGACCGGAUGAAGUUAAGGCCUGGACCGUGCAAAAGGGAACAAAGGCCCCGCAGGCUGCUGGACGCAUCCACACGGACUUCGAGAAGGGCUUCAUCAUGGCUGAGGUCAUGCACUUCGAGGACUUCAAGGCGGAGGGCAGCGAGGCGAACGCCAAGGCGGCAGGAAAAUACCGCCAGCAGGGCCGCAACUACACUGUCGAGGAUGGCGACAUUAUAUUCUUUAAGUUCAACGCCGGCGCCGGUCUGAAGGACGCCAAGAAGAAAUGAUACCGUCUGGCAGCCCUCAUCGCUAUGUCAACUAUUCUGUACAUUAAUUUGAUCCUAUACUCCCAGCUGUUUUGCUUUGCCUGAGAGAUUCGAUGAAAUCUCUCCGCUUCGCAAGGACGUUCACCCCGAUAAUACAGGCCUGAAAUGCAUUUUGAAUGUCCUUUUGUACGUUAUUUAAACACGCUUAUGACACCUUGA